CUGGGGCAGGCGGCAGCAGCCAUGCCCCUCGGCCCGCGCGGGCUGCCUCUCAGCGCUGCGGGGGCUGCUCCGGAUGCGCCCCGGGCGCGGCGCGUCCAGUCUCCGGCCUCAGCCUCUCAGUGCGCCCGCCUCUCCCGCCGCUCCUGAGCCCGGCGGCGGCGGCGGCGGGUCCCGGAUCGGCUCCAGCGCAGCGGCGGCGCCUCCUCGCGCGACGGAGUCCUUGUCUUUCCCGGGGCACGGGGCCAUGAGUCCCGCAGCCACCUGAGGCACAGGCGCGGGGUGGGGUUGUGUGUGUGUGUGUGUAGAGGGGUGGGUGUGAGCUGCGUGGCGAGGAUCGCGCCCCCCGAAGUCCCGCACCUUGCAGUUUCUGCACUGCGGGACGUCGGCGCCCGGAGCCGGUGGAGACUUCCCGAGGAAGAGCAUCGGGGGGCCAGGGGCAUGGAACCCGCGGCGCCGGCGGGCCAGGCCCGGGCUGCAGCCUCCAAGCUGUCCCAGGCUGUGGGCGCCGCGCUGCAGGAGCCGCGGCGGCAGCGGCGUCUGGUGCUGGUCAUCGUGUGCGUGGCGCUCUUGUUGGACAACAUGCUGUACAUGGUCAUCGUGCCCAUUGUGCCGGACUACAUCGCCUCCAUGCGCGGCGGCAGCGACAGUCCCACGGCGACCCCCGAGGCGUGGGAGCCCACCCCGCCGCCGCCCACCCUGGCCAACGCCAGCGCCGCGGCAGCCAACGCCUCGGCGACCCCGACGGCCGCGCCGCCCGCCGGGCCGAUCCUGCGGCCGCGCUACCCGGCCGACAGCGAAGACGUGAAGAUCGGAGUGCUGUUUGCCUCCAAGGCCAUCCUGCAGCUGCUGGUGAACCCGCUGAGCGGGCCCUUCAUCGACCGCAUGAGCUACGACGUACCGCUGCUCAUCGGCCUGGGCGUUAUGUUCGCCUCCACGGCCAUGUUCGCCUUCGCCGAGGACUACGCCACGCUGUUCGCGGCGCGCAGCCUGCAGGGCCUGGGCUCCGCCUUCGCCGACACGUCGGGGAUCGCCAUGAUCGCCGACAAGUACCCCGAGGAACCCGAGCGCAGCCGCGCUCUGGGCGUGGCGCUGGCCUUCAUCAGCUUCGGCAGCCUGGUGGCGCCGCCCUUCGGCGGCAUCCUCUACGAGUUCGCCGGGAAGCGGGUGCCCUUCCUGGUGCUGGCCGCCGUGUCGCUGCUCGACGCGCUGCUGCUACUGGCCGUGGCCAGGCCCUUUUCGGCGGCCGCGCGCGCGCGCGCCAACCUGCCGGUGGGCACGCCCAUCCACCGCCUUAUGCUGGACCCCUACAUCGCUGUGGUGGCCGGCGCGCUCACCACCUGCAACAUCCCCCUGGCCUUCCUCGAGCCCACCAUCGCCACGUGGAUGAAGCACACGAUGGCAGCGUCCGAGUGGGAGAUGGGCAUGGUCUGGCUGCCGGCCUUCGUGCCGCACGUGCUGGGCGUCUACCUCACCGUGCGCCUGGCGGCGCGCUACCCGCACCUGCAGUGGCUGUACGGCGCGCUCGGGCUGGCGGUGAUCGGCGCCAGCUCCUGCGUCGUGCCCGCCUGCCUCUCCUUCGCGCCGCUCGUCGUCUCGCUCUGCGGCCUCUGCUUCGGCAUCGCGCUGGUGGACACGGCGCUGCUGCCCACGCUCGCCUUCCUCGUGGACGUGCGCCACGUCUCCGUCUAUGGCAGCGUCUACGCCAUCGCCGACAUCUCCUAUUCCGUGGCCUACGCGCUCGGGCCCAUCGUGGCCGGCCACAUCGUGCACUCGCUGGGCUUCGAGCAGCUCAGCCUGGGCAUGGGCCUGGCCAAUCUGCUCUACGCGCCGGUCCUGCUGCUGCUUCGCAACGUGGGCCUCCUCACGCGCUCCCGCUCCGAGCGCGACGUGCUGCUGGACGAGCCGCCGCAGGGCCUGUACGACGCGGUGCGUCUGCGGGAGCGUCCCGCGCCCGGCCAGGACGGCGAGCUCUGCUCCCCGCCUGACCCUCUGGACGCGGGCGAGGACGACUACGACUACUACUACACCCGUAGCUAGCCGCCGGGCUCGGGCACCAGGCCACCGCCCCCCACCCCUCCGCUGCCCCUCGGGGCAAGGGGCCUGCUCUGUGAGCGCACUGGCCAGCUCAAGCUCAGGGCCCGCCUCCUCCAGCGAGAACCCCAGCCCCCCCCCUCCCCCCAGCCUCUACUCCCCCUGCCAGAAUCUGCUCCCGUGGGCGUGGAGCGCCGGGGCAAGGCUAAGCGGCUGCGCUCCUUGCCGGGAGGAGGAGACCGGCAGGCCUCCACCUCGGGGCUCCCUUGUGUAGACAAAGGCGCGCCUGUCCCUUCUUCCCCAACGUUCCUCCCAGUGCCAAACACGGCCCGCUGCACCGCGGCGCCUCCGGGCCGAAUUAAUAAACCGUAUCUGUCCGAGGAGGCCGAGUCUCUUUACUGGUGGGGUGGGCAGCUGGGCGUAGGGCCCCGGGUAGAGGGGGAGGCUCAGCU